AUGAAUGAUGUGAUUCCCAUGCAGGGGUUCGCGCCGCACGUAGAGCACCCGGACACAUACAAAGUCUUUGCGUCCGCAAAGGAAAACGACCCAGAAACCCUCCGAAUGGCCAUCAGCGGUGCCGACAGCUCGAACCCCAACAUGACGCUAGAGCGCCACGGUUUCUGGGUGGCAUCUAUGCCGCGGGUCGUCUACAUCCCUUCCGGGAACUACUCGUUCAGCGAGCCACUGGUCAUGAACACGGAUACCGUUCUCAUCGGCGAUGCCCAUGACCCGCCCGUCAUACAGGCGACUGGCGACUUCAGAGGAGACGCGCUUCUUGACGGCCUAGCUGCCAGCCACGAACCCAACGCCGGCGAGCUGGCGAACACAGUGGCCCUGAAGAAUGUGAUUCUCGACACGACCGCCGUGGAAGGAUACCGAGAACUCGCCGCGCUGUACUGGGGAGUCGCCCAGGGGUCUCACCUGCAAAACGUCCAGAUCAGAAUGGCGCCGUCGCCCAACGGCACGGAGGGACACACGGGCAUCAGGCUGGGCAGAGGCUCCAUCCUCAGCCUGGGCGACGUCCGAGUCGAAAACGGCCUGAACGGGAUCUGGCACGACGGUCACCAGAGCGCGCUCUACAAGAACAUCACGUUCCACGGCAACUCGGUCGGCUUGCGUGUUUCCAACGGCAACGCCGUCACCCUCCUCGCCCCGACGUUCGAGUCCGUCGGCACCUGCAUCAGCCAGACCGGCGGCAGCGCCUUUGUCGGCGUCGUCGACGGCGAGUCGGUCAACUCCGGCGUCGCGUUUCUCUCUCGGGCGGCCGACAGGGACAACGACACGGCCCGGCCCUCCCUCCUGCUGGACAACUUCCACCGCAGAAACGACGGGCAGCACGAGCCGUCGGACACGGUGCGAAUCGGGGAUCGUGCCGUCCUCGGCCCCGUCGAGCACGUCCGCAGCUUCUCCUACGGGAACACCGUGGGCCGCGAGCCCGUCUACGGCGCGACGGCAGACGAGACGGUCAGGCGGUCGCGGGCGGCUGCCCCCGGUGGCAGGAUUCCCGUUUUCCCCCCCCCAAACUACGGCGAAGUCCCCAUUUCCGAGCUCAUAAACGUCAAAGAGCCCGAUCAGAACGGCGGGCGCAACGUCCACGGCGACGGCAGGACGGACGACGUCGAAGCCCUCACCAUGGUGCUCAGAUACGCCGCCGAGCAAGGCAAGAUUGCCUACUUCCCCUUUGGCGACUACCGCGUCUCGUCGACGCUCGUCAUCCCCAUCGGGUCCCGGAUCUGCGGUGAGGCGUGGCCCGCCAUCUCGGGAUCCGGGGCCUCUUUCGCGGACGCCUCGCGCCCGACGCCCGUCGUGCAGGUCGGCCAGGCCGGCGACGUGGGCACGGCUCACAUCCAGGACAUGCGCUUCACCGUCGGCCAAGUGUCUCCGGGCGCCGUGAUCCUGCGGUUCCACGCGCGCGGCGCCAAGCCCGGCGACGUCGGGAUAUGGAACUCGGUGGUCAACGUCGGCGGUCUCCGGGGCACGCCCGACCUCGUGCGGCGCUGCGCAGACGACGCGGACCGGUGUCGCGCGGCCUACCUGGGGAUGCACUUUGCCAGGGGGUCGUCGGUGUAUGCGGAGAACGUGUGGAACUGGGUGGCCGGCCGCAACGCCGAGAACUUCUUUGCCGGGCUGGCCAUCGCCGCAAAGGGCGGCGUCCUGGUCGAGGCCACCGACGGCACCUGGCUUCACGGCCUGGGCUCCGAGCGCUGGUGGCUGUACCAGCUCAGUCUCCGGUCCGCCUCCAACGUGGUCGUGUCCAUGCUCAGGACCGAGACCAGCUUCGGCCAGGGCAGCGCCGCGAGGCAGAUGGCCCCCUCGCCGUGGACGCCCGACCCCGACGGCUGGGGGGACCCCGACUACUCGUGGUGCGACGGCUCCGACGGCGUCUGCCGCAUGGCCGUCGGCAGCUACAUCGACGGGGGGUCCGACAUCAGCUACUACGGCGCUGCGUCGUGGGUCUUUUGCGCCGGCUCCGCUGGUGCGCCCUGCGAGCCGGGCUAUCGGUGUCAGAGGCAUAUGCACUACAUUGCUCAAACUCCCAGGAAUCUUCAGGCAUACGGCUUGUGCUCCAAGGACACCACGUAUGCUCUUCGCCUGGGCAACGGUAUUGAUCUCGAAGCCGAGGGCACAUUUCAGGGAGCCGGUUGGCCGAAUGGCUCCGACGUCUCCCGGUACACGACGUAG